AAAAAAAAAAAGGUCAAAAACCUAAGGUUAAAAAUAGUACUUGAUUGAAAAGGAAUUUUGUUUUUUUUUUCUUCUGGUUUUUUUUACCUCCCAAAAAUAGCAAAAGACACAGUGAACUGAUGAAUAGCUGCGAAGCUCUGAAACCUGAGAUCUAACUCGGCCUUUUUUUUUUCACCUCCGUCAUCUCUCUGUCUCCCAUUAAUUUUUAGUACUAUUUUAUUCCUUCCUCUCUCUCACGUUUGAGACCCUUCUUCUAUACAAAUCCCUGAUCUCUUUUCCAUUUGCAGAAAAGGGAAAAAAUAAAACACGCACACACGCUUUCACGUACCCACACACUCACUCUGAGGCAGAACAAACCUCUUCUCUCCUCUGGGCUCUUUUUUUGUUGCAUUGCUUUUAUUUCCUCAGGUCCCUUUUUUGGGUUGAACCCAAUUCAGAUCUAAUCCCAAUUUAAUCAAAAUUGUGGACGUAAACUGUUAUUGCUCAAUUAAGGACCAUGUUCAUGAUUUAGUAAAGAUCCAACUUGUGAGGGUCUAGCUGAGAGUUACAUUGAACAAUACAGAAGCUGUACAAAUGAUGAGGGGUAGGUCGGAUGGAGCUCAAAAGAAGCGCUUGCUGACAUCUGUUGGUGUUGUGGCCGUUUUUCUUGUUUUCCUUUAUGUGUAUUUUGGCUCCAAGAGCGGCGGCGAGUCUGCCCUGGAGUAUGGCAGCAGGUUGAGGAAACUUGGGUCUUCGUACCUUGGCGGUGAUGAAGAUGGUGAUCUCGGAAGCAAAGAUGAUACGUCUUCAAAGUUUUCUCUUGACGAUGGUGAGGAUGGACUUAUCCCGAAGAGCUUCCCGGUUUGUGAUGAUCGUCACUCGGAGUUAAUUCCGUGCUUAGACAGACAUCUCAUAUACCAGAUGAGAUUGAAGUUGGAUCUUUCUUUAAUGGAGCACUAUGAGAGGCACUGUCCUUUGCCGGAAAGGCGGUAUAAUUGCUUGAUUCCUCCUCCUCCUGGCUACAAGGUUCCCAUUAAGUGGCCAAAAAGUAGGGACGAAGUUUGGAAAGCAAACAUACCUCACACUCAUCUUGCACAUGAAAAAUCUGACCAGAACUGGAUGGUUGUAAAGGGUGACAAAAUUUCAUUUCCUGGAGGUGGAACGCAUUUUCACUAUGGAGCUGACAAAUAUAUUGCUUCUAUUGCAAAUAUGUUGAAUUUCUCUAAUAAUAACUUGAACAACGAAGGAAGACUGCGCACAGUCUUUGAUGUUGGUUGUGGAGUUGCUAGUUUUGGAGGUUACCUUCUUUCGUCUGAUAUCAUUGCAAUGUCAUUAGCACCUAAUGAUGUGCAUCAAAAUCAAAUACAGUUUGCCUUAGAAAGAGGAAUCCCUGCAUACCUUGGUGUUCUUGGGACCAAGAGGCUACCUUAUCCAAGCAGGUCAUUUGAAUUUGCCCACUGUUCCCGUUGUAGGAUUGACUGGCUUCAGAGGGAUGGAAUCCUCCUUCUUGAGUUGGAUCGGGUUCUCAGACCUGGAGGCUAUUUUGCAUAUUCAUCUCCGGAAGCAUAUGCGCAAGACGAGGAGGAUUUAAGAAUAUGGAGGGAGAUGAGUGCACUUGUAGAACGGAUGUGUUGGAAAAUAGCUGCAAAAAGGAACCAAACUGUUGUUUGGGUCAAGCCUUUGACAAAUGACUGUUAUAUGGAACGAGCUCCUGGUACCCAACCACCUCUUUGCCCAUCUGAUAAUGAUCCAGAUGCAGUGUGGGGAGUAAAUAUGGAAGCAUGUAUAUCACGCUAUUCAGAUCAUGAUCAUAACAAUCAGGGUAGUGGAUUGGCCCCCUGGCCUGCUCGGCUAACUGCUCCACCACCCCGUCUUGCUGAUUUUGGUUAUUCAAGUGAUAUGUGGGAAAAGGACUUGCAACUUUGGAGGCGGAGAGUUGAGAAUUACUGGAACCUUUUGGGGUCUAAGAUUUCGUCAGACACCAUAAGAAAUGUAAUGGACAUGAAGGCAAAUCUUGGUUCAUUUGCAGCGGCUUUGAAGGAUAAGAAUGUCUGGGUGAUGAAUGUUGUUGCCGAAGAUGGGCCAAACACGCUCAAGCUUGUAUAUGAUAGAGGGUUGAUCGGCACAACUCACAACUGGUGUGAAGCCUUCUCGACGUACCCCAGAACUUAUGAUUUACUGCACGCGUGGUCUGUGUUGUCGGACAUUGAGAAGAAGGGUUGUAGUGGCGAGGAUCUGCUGAUUGAGAUCGAUCGUAUUCUCAGACCCACUGGCUUUGUUAUCUUCAGGGACAAGCAACCAAUCAUUGAUUUUGUAAAGAAAUACUUGGGCCCGUUGCAUUGGGAAGCAGUUGCAACAUCCGAUUCAACUACCAAUCAAGACGAGGAAGGGGAUGAUGUCGUACUUAUCGUCCAAAAGAAGCUUUGGUUGACAAGUGAAAGUUUCAGGGAUACAGAAUAGGCACAUAGUCAACCAUCUCGCUGUGAUCCUCGCCCUAGAUUCUCCUGUCUCUGGAUUGAAGAAGCAUGAUCCUGGCAGAAUAGGAGUUUUAAAGUUUGUAGCAUUAUGUGAUGGUGAUUUUUUGCCAUCAUCUUUUACUCCCAUCUUUCCUCCUUUUUUUGGCUAAAAUUUUCAUAUAGUUGACACAACAUAGACAUUUUCCCACCUAUAGGCAAAUUAUUCAUUGUUUUUUUAUAAUUACAGGAUUCAAGCUAUAUUUAUAAAGCCACUACUGAUUUGAGAAUUUCAUGCUGGAAUUGUAUGCUUCAACAAUUGUUAAACAAAAGCCAAAAAUUUGGCUUACUUUAGUAAUUUAUUGGAUUUGUUGAUGACGAAUUUGGGCCUGUGCUUCUAAAUCCCUAAUGCAGGUUUUACUUUCCUGUAACAAACUUCAUGGAACUCUAACAAUUAGUAAUAUAAACUGAUUUUGUAUACUCUUCUUUCUAUCUCAAAGUAACUAUCCGC